AUGAGUUUCCUUGAUUCUGUUCUCUCGUCUCUUCAGACGGGUAAGCCCUCCCAGCUCCCACCGCCUCAGGCGCCUACCUCGCCUGCGCCUGUUUUGAUCCCCAAAAAAGAGGAUCGAAAACCGAUCGCUGUGCGACAGGCAGCUCCGAUCAGUGGGAAUGUCAGUGGAGGGACCAAGCGCAAAGCUGAGGACCAGCUGCCUCGCCUACCAAAACCUGAAAGCAAGGUGACAAAUAACCCAGCUGCAAUAAACCCGACACUUGCCACGAGACCAGCUGUACCAUCCACAGCAACAAAAGUUGCGCCAAAGCCAGCCUCGACCUCCAUCUCCAGGCAAGCCCUGUCAAAGCCCGGCCCCAAACCUAGCGUGUCUGCGGCCCCCAAAGUGGCAGCCCCACAGAAGGCGCCAACCCCCAAACCCACCGUGUCAACUGCUGCCACACAAUCGAAGCCGCCACCAAAGGGAUCAUUUGCGGAGAUUAUGGCGCAGGCAAAAGCUAAGCAAGAGACGGCGCCUGUGGGAGUAGGCCUACUACGUCACCAAGCCGGCCCCAAAGAAAGACUUACCAAGGUGGAGCGCAAGCGGCGCAUGAUGGAAAUGCAGGCCAAAGAAAAAGAAGCGCGCUUAGGAAGGAAGGCUGGAUCGGGUGUUUCUGCCAAGGAUAGGCCUGCCGUCCGGCAGCGUGAUUCCCAGGGGCUCUCAUACAAGGGCACAGCCAAACCGACGCAAACUCCCGAGCCGCCGACCUACCGUGGAACUGCUGGCUUGCCAUCAAGCCGUGGUAGAAAUGACCGUCGAUACCAGUCUCGGAACUCCCGACAAAACGAAUAUCUCGGAACUGACGAGGAAGACGAGGGUGAUCUCGGCGGCUACGACGAUUACUACUCCGAUGCAUCGUCUGACAUGGAGGCUGGAAUAGACGACGUGGACCGCGAAGAGGCAGCUGCACUGGAAUAUGCCAAGCGGGAGGACGAGAAAGAGCUGCGACAAGAAAUGGCGGCUAAGAAAGAGAAGCUGGAGCGCCAGCGGAAGUUGGCUGCUCUUGCCUCUAAGAGCAAGCGUUGA